AUCCAUUGAUGAGAUCAUGCUGGCUUCGUUGGAGGUCAUGGAAAUAGGAAGUGGCGUUCAGUUGGAGGAACUAGAUUCAUCAGGAUUCAUUUUUGAUUUGCAGUCUAAUACUGUACUGGCCCAAGGAGGAGUUUUUGAGAACAUGAAAGAGAAGAUAAAUGCAGUGCGUGCAGUAGUUCCCAAUAAAAGCAACAAUGAAAUCAUCCUGGUUUUGCAGCACUUUGAUAAUUGUGUGGACAAAACAGUGCAAGCAUUCAUGGAAGGUAGUGCCAGCGACGUACUCAAAGAAUGGACAGUAACAGGCAAAAAAAAGAACAAAAAGAAGAAAAGCAAACCAAAACCUGCAGCAGAAACAAGAAACAAUAUCCCAGAUUCCAGUAAAUCAGUUUCCAUUCAAGAAGAGCAGUCUGCACCUUCUGCAGACAAAGGUAGCAUUAAUGGUUACCAUGUCAAUGGUACCAUCAAGCAUGCAGAGUCUGUGGACUCGCUCAGCGAAGGUUUGGAGACACUUUCAAUGGAGGCCAGAGAAUCAGAAGAUCUUGAGAUGACCGUGGCAGAGACACUGCAUAGGAGAGGAUCUAUACUAGAGAAUGGUGUCUCUGACUUUGAACCCAAGUCUUUGACUGCCUACUCUGUUCAGAAUGUUCAGCACUCCAGGAAUGCUGCUAAAUCUCUGUCAAGAUCAACCUCAGGACCUCCCUCUUCAAAUCUGGGAAUGGAGGAUGUUCCACUCUCUUCUACCAAUAAAAAACUAGGUUCCAAUAUUGAAAAAUCUGUAAAAGACCUUCAACGCUGUACAGUUUCUCUUGCACGGUAUCGAGUUGUGGUGAAAGAAGAGAUGGAUGCUUCCAUUAAGAAAAUGAAGCAAGUUUUUGCUGAAUUGCAGAGUUGUUUAAUGGAUCGUGAAGUGGCAUUGCUUGCGGAAAUGGACAAGGUGAAAGCUGAAGCAAUGGAAAUCUUACUCAGCCGACAAAAGAAAGCUGAACUGCUAAAGAAGAUGACUGAUGUGGCUGUGCGAAUGUCAGAAGAGCAACUGGUUGAGCUCAGAGCUGAUAUCAAGCACUUUGUUAGCGAACGUAAAUAUGACGAAGAUCUGGGACGAGUAGCCCGGUUCACUUGUGAUUUGGAGACUCUGAAGAACAGCAUUGAUUCAUUUGGACAAGUGUCCCACCCAAAAAACAGCUAUUCAAGCAGAUCACGGUGUAACUCAGUUAUAUCUGUGUCCUUGAGUGGCCCAAGUGAUGCCUCUGCUGUUUCGUUUUCCACCUGUGCCUCUGCUUUCAGCCUGACAGGUGCUAACAAGAGAAAUUCUGUAUCAGAAGCUCCUGCAACCCCAGCAAACUCCAGCAGACAGCCCUGCCAGCCUCAUCAGGAGGUAUUGUCGGGGAACAGACGAGGACAAGGUAAUAAGCCACAAGGCGAGAAGUCCAGUGACCUUACGAACCAAGGACGAUAUGACAGUGUGGGUCAUUACAGAAAUAGCUCAUGGUAUUCAUCUGGUUCCAGGUAUCAGAGUGCUCCAUCUCAGGUACCAGGAAACACUAGUGAACAGGGCCAGGCUCACUCUGCAGGGACCAAUGGAACUGGAGCCACCAUAGAGCCUAGCCCAUCUAAACCCUCUUUCAUAAAGGGGCUCCCUCAGCGCAAACCUAGAACCUCUCAACCCAGAGUUGUGAACUCUUGAAAUUCGUCUCUUCUCUACCCCAUACAAUUCAACAUGAUAAGUGGACUUUAGGAAAUAUAUAGUUAGGUUUAAUAACAAAAAGAAGUUUAUGCAUAUCACUUUUGUGCUAUUCUAAAUUUUUUUUAUUUUUUUUUCCCUCUUAUUUCUUUGU